AUGAAAACUGGUGACAGCAAACGAAAGAAGACGAAGAUUGAUUCCCCUCUUUCUGUAGACGUUAACGAGGACUUGGUGAAAGAAAUUCUGUUGAAGCUACCCACCAAAUCUGUGUUAAGUUUCAAAGGCUUAUCAAAGUCAUGGUUCUCUCUAAUAUCCGAUCCUGAAUUUGCAAGAAGACAUUUUGACGCUGCAGUUGCACCCACCUACAAGCUUUUAAAUAUAGUUAAGGAUUGUGCAGUUUAUUGUGCAGACAAAGAAUCAGCACUUUGUGAUGAUGAUUCGUGGCAUGCAGUGUCCAAUAUUAGUGGCUUUCAUUGGUAUGUAAACUGCAUAUCCGUGGCAGGCUCCUGCAGGGGAUUUGUUCUCCUACAAUAUUUGUUGCAUGAUUUUGUGUUGUGGAAUCCGUUAACUGGUGUACAGAAAGAAAUUCACCAGAAACGUGGCACAUGGACUCGACAUCAUCUAUCUGGAAUGGGAUAUGAUCCAGUGGAUGAUGACAUUGUGCUGGUCACUAUAAUCCUAAGAAUUCAUGAUGGUAAUCAUAUGUUGCUUCGUUAUUUCUCUUUGAGGAAUAAUUGUUGGACUUCUGUUAAGUAUGAUGUUUCUUAUGUUGCACCUUAUUUUGGAGCCGAACUCAGACAUGGACAGUUAUGGAAUGAGACUCUCUACUGGAUUGUUAAGUCUGCUGAUGAUCUUAGAAAUGUAAUGAUUGCAUUUGAUGUGAGGGAGAAAAGAUUAUUAGAGAUUACAUUGCCUCAUCACUUAGCCAAUCUUCCAAAUGGAUCUGACAUAUACCAUUUGAAGGUAAUGGGAGAAUAUCUGUAUUUGUGCUUGGUGGUGCGUAACCACCCGUAUCAACUGAUUGAAAUAUGGUCAGUGAAAGAAUGCAAACAAGAAACUGUUUGGACCAAAACAUUUGAUUUUUCCUUCUAUUUUAGACCUUCUCUGAAUCUUAUUUUCCCCGUAUGCUUCACAGAAAAUGGGGAAAUUUUGGCAUUUUGUAACAACAACACGUUAGUGAAAAUCGACGAGAAAGGUAAGCUUAGAUAUGGGAACCAAAAUAACAGUAGACUUCAUUUCUUACGUUGUGUUAUGUAUAGAGAGAGUUUUCUACCACUUCCUGGUGAUGAGGCUGAGCCUGAAGAUUGA